CCCCCCAAUAUAUAACAUAAUAAACAUUCAUUUCUUUAUUUAUUGCCUUUCUGCCUUUCUCUCUAGUCCCCACUUACCUUCUCCACCAACAGCCCAAAAUCUCACUCCUCUCUCUCUCUCUCUCUCUCUCUCUCUCUCUCUCUCUCUCUCUCUCUCUCUCUCUCAUAUAAACAAAUAAACCAAAUCACCACCACCAUGCAAACUCCCUUCACUAGUACUACUAUAGAUGAAGAUUUUCAAGAUGAGGGCUCCAUUUUUCUCUCUCUUGGCCCUCCUGGACAGGAUAAUCAUGUCCCCAAACAGUACCACCUCAUCUACCACCACCAGUCUGCUUCCUCAACUCAGCCUGAUCACCACCAAACUUUUUAUCAUGAUUAUCCAAACCCUAAUCCUGAUACUGAGGACGGCACUAUCACUGUAGCUCUUAACAUUGAGCCACCGACUAGUGGAGGCGGUAGGCCAAGCUCAUCGUUCAUCAGCAACCCUAACCACAGCCACAUUGGCGGUCCUGUGGAAGGGCAGUACUGGAUUCCCUCCCCUGCACAAAUCCUCGUAGGCCCCACCCAGUUCUCUUGCCCUGUCUGCAGCAAAACAUUCAACAGAUACAACAACAUGCAGAUGCAUAUGUGGGGGCAUGGAUCACAGUACAGGAAGGGACCAGAAUCCUUAAGAGGGACAAAGCCAGCAUCCUCAGUGCUGAGACUUCCAUGCUAUUGCUGCGCAGAGGGGUGCAAGAACAACAUAGAACACCCAAGGUCAAGGCCACUUAAGGACUUCCGGACACUGCAGACACAUUACAAGAGAAAGCAUGGGACGAAGCCGUUUGGGUGCCGCAAGUGUGGGAAGCCGUUUGCAGUGAGAGGCGAUUGGAGGACUCACGAGAAGAACUGCGGGAAGCUCUGGUUUUGCAUUUGUGGGUCGGAUUUCAAGCACAAGAGAUCGCUCAAAGACCACGUUCGUGGGUUUGGUGAUGGACAUGCACCUUAUGCUGUGGAGCUGUGUACUGAGCCUGAGGAAGAAGAUCACAUGGAUGACGAGGAUGACGAUAACAAUGAAGAUGAUUUGGUUAUUAAUUAGUUAAUACACAGUUACUUGAAGUUUAACUUUAUGGAUUAGCUAGCUAGCUAGGUAUAAUAAGUAAUUAGGGUUUUGGUUAGUAGUGAGUGAUGGGACUGUGACUGUCUCUUAUGUUUCAUUUAUGUCUUUUUCUUGAUUGUGAGAGAGUGCGGGAGUGAGAAGAUGAAGACAACAAACAAGACAAUGAAAAGCCAAGGUUGUAUGCAUUUAAUGUUGGAAGUGGCAGUUCAAUCCUUCAAUUAAAGUACGUACCUUUUCUGAUACA